AUGUCUGGACGAGGCAAAGGUGGUAAGGGACUGGGGAAGGGGGGCGCUAAGCGGCAUCGUAAGGUUUUGCGCGACAACAUCCAGGGUAUCACCAAGCCCGCCAUUCGGCGUCUGGCCCGGCGAGGUGGUGUCAAGCGCAUAUCUGGUCUGAUUUAUGAAGAGACCCGCGGGGUACUGAAGGUGUUUUUGGAGAACGUGAUCCGGGACGCGGUCACUUACACGGAGCACGCGAAGCGGAAGACCGUCACCGCCAUGGACGUAGUGUACGCUCUCAAACGCCAGGGACAGCGAGCACUUUCUGCUAGGCACUUGAUGUCGGGGUUAUCCAGGAUGGCUCGAACUAAACAAACUGCGCGUAAGUCCACUGGUGGUAAGGCGCCGCGCAAGCAACUGGCUACCAAGGCGGCCCGCAAGAGCGCGCCGGCCACGGGCGGCGUGAAGAAGCCGCACCGCUACCGGCCCGGUACGGUGGCCUUGCGCGAGAUCCGCCGCUACCAGAAGUCCACGGAGCUGCUGAUCCGCAAGCUGCCGUUCCAGCGCCUGGUGCGCGAGAUCGCGCAGGACUUCAAGACCGACCUGCGCUUCCAGAGCUCGGCCGUGAUGGCGCUGCAGGAGGCGUGCGAGGCCUACCUGGUGGGGCUCUUCGAGGACACCAACCUGUGUGCCAUUCACGCCAAGCGCGUCACCAUCAUGCCCAAGGACAUCCAGCUCGCUCGCCGCAUCCGCGGGGAGAGGGCGUCUGGUGUACUUGGUGACAGCCUUGGUUCCCUCGGACACGGCGUGCUUGGCCAGCUCCCCAGGCAGCAGCAGACGUACGGCCGUCUGGAUCUCCCUGGAGGUGAUGGUCGAGCGUUUGUUGUAAUGCGCCAGGCGCGACGCCUCGCCCGCGAUGCGCUCAAAGAUGUCAUUGACGAACGAGUUCAUGAUGCCCAUGGCCUUGGACGAGAUGCCGGUGUCCGGGUGGACCUGCUUCAGCACCUUCAGUGUUUGCAAUCUCUCAUCAUGGCUCGUACCAAGCAGACCGCUCGCAAGUCCACCGGCGGCAAGGCGCCACGCAAGCAGCUGGCCACCAAGGCGGCCCGCAAGAGCGCGCCGGCCACGGGCGGCGUGAAGAAGCCGCACCGCUACCGGCCCGGCACGGUGGCCCUGCGCGAGAUCCGCCGCUACCAGAAGUCCACGGAGCUGCUGAUCCGCAAGCUGCCGUUCCAGCGCCUGGUGCGCGAGAUCGCGCAGGACUUCAAGACCGACCUGCGUUUCCAGAGCUCGGCCGUGAUGGCGCUGCAGGAGGCGUGCGAGGCCUACCUGGUUGGGCUCUUCGAGGACACUAACCUGUGUGCCAUCCACGCCAAGCGCGUCACCAUCAUGCCCAAGGACAUCCAGCUCGCUCGCCGCAUCCGCGGGGAGAGGGCGUAA